AGAGCCAGGCUGGGACACCGAAACGGUCACCCCGGCCCUGUCUUCCCGGAGCCGCUUCCGCCCCGCCUGGUGCCAGGAAGCCCCCGCCCCACCCAAGCGAUGGCAGCCGGGGCCGGGGUCGGCCGCCUGGGCCGCGCUGGCGCGCGCCUGAGGAACUUCUGGGGCCUGGUGUCCCGGGAGGAGGGUCGCUGCGGCCAACCCCGGACCCCGCCCCAUGUCCCAUCGCCUCCCCUGCCCUUGGCCCCGCAAACACCCCUGGCCUUGACUUUCCCACCAGCGCGGCCCAGCCCCACUGUGUUCCAUCGGCGUUCAAUAAAAUACUGAAUGAGGCCGGGCGCGGUGGCUCACGCCUGUAAUCCCAGCACUUUGGGAGGCCGAGGAGGGCGGAUCACAAGGUCAGGAGAUCGAGACCAGCCUGGCCAACACGGUUAAACCCCGUCUCUACUAAAAAUACAAAAAAUUAGCCGGGCGUGAUGGCACGCACCUGUGGUCCCAGCUACUCAGGAGGCUGAGGCACGAGAAUGGCUUGAACCUGGGAGACGGAGCUUGCAGUGAGCCGAGACUGCGCUCCAGCCUGGGCGACAGAGCGAGACUCCGUCUCAAAAAAUUAAAAAAAAAUAAUGAAUGAAGCUGGACGGACUUCGCGUGCACCGCGGUCAGCUCGGGGUCUGCUGGGGCGUCUGGGUCAGCUCAGGGUCCAGGAACCGAGGCCAACGGCACCCCGUGCUGCGCUGGGGUGAGGGCUCUGCCCUGGGGUCUCGGGGUUCAGGGCCAGGUCACGGAGGAGUCGGCUCUGGGCGCUUCCUUCCUGAGGAGAGGAGCUGGGCGGGCCGGGCCGACGGGUUGGGCGGCAUAGCCGGGCCUGUGCUCAUCUCCAGCAUAAAACUCCACUUCAUGGAGCCUGCACCUCGCUCGUGCUCCAAGGCUUCUGCCACCGCCGACCACGGCCCUGCGCCCCAGCCAGGCCUGAGGACAUGAGGCGGCCCGCGGCGGUGCCGCUCCUGCUGCUGCUGUGUUUUGGGUCUCAGGGGGCCAAGGCAGCAACAGCCUGUGGUCGCCCCAGGAUGCUGAACCGAAUGGUGGGCGGGCAGGACGCGCAGGAGGGCGAGUGGCCCUGGCAAGUCAGCAUCCAGCGCAACGGAAGCCACUUCUGCGGGGGCAGCCUCAUCGCGGAGGGGUGGGUCCUGACGGCCGCGCACUGCUUCCCCAACACCUCUGAGACGUCCCUGUACCAGGUCCUGCUGGGGGCAAGGCAGCUAGUGCAGCCGGGGCCACAUGCUAUGUAUGCCCGGGUGAGGCGGGUGGAGAGUAACCCCCUGUACCAAGGCAUGGCCUCCAGCGCGGACGUGGCCCUGGUGGAGCUGGAGGCACCAGUGACCUUCACCAAUUACAUCCUCCCCGUGUGCCUGCCUGACCCCUCGGUGAUCUUUGAGACGGGCAUGAACUGCCGGGUCACCGGCUGGGGCAGCCCCAGUGAGGAAGACCUCCUGCCUAAACCGUGGAUCCUGCAGAAACUCGCUGUGCCCAUCAUCGACACGCCCAAGUGCAACCUGCUCUACAGCAAAGACAUCGAGUUUGGCUACCAACCCAAAACCAUCAAGAAUGACAUGCUGUGCGCCGGCUUCGAGGAGGGCAAGAAGGACGCCUGCAAGGGUGACUCGGGCGGCCCUCUGGUUUGCCUCGUGGGUCAGUCGUGGCUGCAGGCCGGGGUGAUCAGCUGGGGUGAGGGCUGCGCCCGCCAGAACCGCCCAGGUGUCUACAUCCGUGUCACCGCCCACCACAACUGGAUCCAUCGGAUCAUCCCCAAACUGCAGUUCCAGCCAGUGAGGUCGGGCGGCCAGAAGCGACACCCCCGGGGCCAGGAGCCCCUAGAGCAGAGCUCUGCGCCCAGCCUGGCUGCCCACACCAUCCUGCUGGUCCUCCCAGCGCUGCUGUUGCACCUGUGAGCCCCACCAGACUCAUUUGUAAAUAGCGCUCCUUCCUCCCCUCUCAAAUACCGUUAUUUUAUUUAUGUUUCUUCCAAUAAAAACCCAGCCUGUG